CCUGUCCAUAGGUAUCGCUGUUUGAAAUGCCUGAACGUACACCUGUGCCAAAGCUGCUUUCUGACUGAGAGACGCAGCAGGAAACACAAGCCCUCUCAUCCUGUACUGGAAUAUUGCACUCAGCCAUCCUGGAAGGAGUCAAUGGCGUCACUGGCCUCUAGUGCUCGACACGCUUUGGUACCUCGACACGCUCGGAGAGAAGCAGAGAGGAAGAGAGCCCUGAGAGCAGGCUCUAGUGCAGAGCUGCAAUACAGUGCCCCUUCUCCAGUGCUGCAGUCUGUAGCAGAUCCAGGCAUGCAUAAUGCUCCUGAAAUAAGUCUGACUGCCACCCCUGCUGUGGUUCCAGUAGAGUCUAAAGGCCUGCAGACAGAGGAGACAGAGAUUCCUCAGAGAGAAACAGCUAUUCUCCAAAAAGGCCUCAGUGUUACUCAGAAGGCCAUGAGGGAUCUGCAGAGAGAUAAAUGGCUCCUGGAGAAAGAGUUUCAAGUGUGGAGAGUUGCAGCCCAGUCAGAGCAUGAUUCACUGGAGGACAAAUGUACUGAGCUGAAGACCAUGAUGGAGGCACUGAACCAACAUAACCAGCAUCUGGAAGAAGAACUGGACAGAGUCAGACAUAUGUGUGUGAGGGACAGAGAUCAGCUAAGAAUUGACCUUUCAGACCUUCAACCAGAACAUGAUGACAGCAUUAGUGAAAACGACUGGACUCAACCUGGGUGUUUAAAACCUCAAGACAGCUCCAGUGGAGAAGAGCAGGUUCAGGAGGGGAGGGAAGCAUAUCAGGAAGGAAGAAUAGAAGUGGAUGAGGAGGAGACUCUUUAUGAGGUAUCAGAAGACAUCUCCACAAAUCUGGAUGACACAGAAGAGGAUGUCCAUACAGUUGCAGGGCAGCAAGAGGAAGUUGAGGAGGAGGGGCUACAGGAGGAAGAGGAGGAGGAGCUACUGCAUAAAAGACCAGAUCUUUCUUUACUUCAUCGAUCCAUGUCUGAUUUAGCUCUGGAAGAGCACUCAGACUCAGAUGACUCAGAGAUGGAUGAAGAAGAGGAACUUUGUGAGCUUGUACAGCGACUUCGAAAUGAGCUUUCUCUAUAUACAGCCACAGGGUCGGUCAGUCAGCAGAAAGAAAAGCUAAUGACGGCAGCAGAGGGAGUGAGAGAUUCUGUUUCUCAUCUCGUCACUUCUGUGAGAACCACCAGUUUGGCAUGAUGGCAGCUAAAAUAACUUUCCCUUACCUGCAAACAAUACAAGCCAAUUUCCAUCUCUCAUUGCAUCACAAGGUUAAUCAUAACAGCAGAUGCUCACAGUGGACUGAUGGUUGACAAUUCACAAUUUAAUGAAAUCUAAAAAUAAAUAGGUUCCGAGAUUUAUUUCACUAUUUAUAUGAAAUGAGACAUUGGUUAAUAUUAAAGAGGCACUGAUACUGACAUUCAGAUGAUACAGAAAAGGCAAUAAUUAUAUUCUUGUUACUAUGAAAAUAUUUGAAUAUAAUAAUAAUUGAAAUAAUUUGCAUAAUCAUUUCCCACUGUUCAGGACAAAAGUGCAUUUGUUUUGAUUUGGG